UCUCUCUCUCUACAUGGCACCAAUGUGAAAUCGAACCAAAAAAAAAAAAAGCGUUGAAAUCGUGUUUAGAGAUCGGUUGAGAGGUGUUUGUUUUAAGAACAUUGAGGACCGAAGCGUGUGAUCUAAGGCUCCUUUUUUUUUUUUUCUCUCUUUGUUAGCUUCAAGCUUUAUUAUGAGCUCAUAAAUUAAAGAAGUAUAGUUUGCAUUACCAGAAAAAUGCAGUUGAAACAAUUCUUGAGGUCAUCAUCAUUGGGAAGCAGUUCCAGACGAUCAAGUUAUAGUAGGAAUUUUGACUUACCGGACGAUACACCGGCCGAGACAUCAUUGGACACCGGAGAGUAUGUCGGAGGAGCAAUGUUACCGGUUUUCCUCAAUGAUUUACGAAGAAACAACGAUGAAGAUUUAGUUGAAGUUACGCUUGAAUUGGAUGAUAAUUCAAUUGUGUUGUGUAGCGUAGCACCAACACCAUCACACAAUGCAGAAGGAACUCAGAGUGAAGAAGAAGAAGAAGAAGUGCCCAAUGGAUUUCUGGCACGUAGUGCAUCAGCAGCUUCCAAACUACGCCGGAAAUUAUCCUGGAUCCGAUCGCCGUCCAUGAGGUCACGGACGAUGUCUGUGGUAGCAUCGGAUGUCUCUGAUGAUCAUUUCCAGCAUCAUCAGAACAAUAUUAGUUAUAUCAAUACAACCAACACGUUAUCAGCACGAGAAGAGAUGAAGUCAAAACUGAAGUUAGUAAGGAGUAAAUCAACGGCUCAACGUGCGCUUGGAGGGUUGAGAUUCAUAAGCAAAACAACUGUUGAAUCCGAUACAAAUGUGCUAUGGAAAAAAGUGGAGGCGAGGUUUCAUGCUUUGGCUAAGGACGGUUUGCUUGCUAGAGAAGAUUUUGGUGAAUGCAUCGGAAUGGUGGAUUCUAAGGAGUUUGCAGUUGGGGUUUUUGAUGCAUUGGUAAGGCGGCGACGUCAAAAGACGGCAAAAAUAACCAAACCUGAGCUUCAUGAAUUUUGGUUGCAAAUUUCUGACCAAAGUUUUGAUGCUAGGCUUCAGAUUUUCUUUGACAUGGCGGAUAGCAACGGAGAUGGAAAAAUCACGAGAGAUGAAGUACAAGAGCUAAUCAUGCUGAGUGCUUCGGCAAAUAAGUUGUCCAAGUUGAAGGAACGUGCAACCGAGUAUGCUUCUUUAAUUAUGGAGGAAUUGGACCCGGAAGGUCUUGGUUACAUUGAGUUAUGGCAGUUGGAAACGCUUCUUCUACAAAGGGACAAUUAUAUGAACUACAGCAGACCCUUAAGCGUAACAAGCGUUGGAUGGGGUCCUAAUUUAGGAACUCAUAGUAAGACCAAGAACCUAGUAAAGAAAGCAAGCUAUGCACUCAAAUGCCUUAUAUUAGAUAACUGGCAAAGAGGCUGGAUUCUUUUGCUAUGGGUGAUGGUUAUGGCUGCACUUUUCACCUGGAAAUUCUUGCAGUAUAGACGACGAGCAGCCUUUCAAGUUAUGGGUUACUGUUUGGCAACUGCUAAAGGAGCUGCCGAGACUCUCAAGCUCAACAUGGCACUUGUUCUUUUACCUGUUUGUCGAAACAUACUAACUUGGCUUCGGUCUACUAGGGCCAAGCUUCUCGUUCCCUUCGAUGAUAAUAUAAACUUUCACAAGAUUAUUGCAUAUGCUAUUGCAGUUGGAAUAUUGCUUCACGCAGGGAACCAUUUAGCGUGUGAUUUUCCACGUCUGAUUAACUCAUCUCCUGAAAAAUUUGCACUGAUAGCUGCUGAUUUUGACAACGUGAAGCCCACUUUCAAAAGCCUAUUGACCGGUAUUGAAGGUGUUACUGGCAUUGCUAUGGUGAUUUUGAUGGCAAUUGUCUUCACACUAGCAACACGAAGCUUCAGGAGAAAUGUAUUGAAGCUGCCACCUCCUUUCAAUCGAUUAACAGGCUUCAACGCAUUUUGGUAUUCUCAUCACCUUCUAGCAGUGGUCUAUGUACUCCUAAUAGUACAUGGAACAUUCCUAUUCUUGGUUCACCAAUGGUGGCAGAAAACGACAUGGAUGUACAUCUCCAUGCCAUUGCUCCUCUAUGUAGCAGAGAGGAGUCUGAGAACAUGCCGAUCAGAACACUACGCAGCAAAAAUUUUGAAGGUUUCUGUACUUCCAGGAGAUGUCUUUAGCCUAACUAUGUCAAAGCCUAGUAGUUUCAAAUACAAGAGUGGGCAAUACAUAUUCCUGCAGUGUCCAACAAUCUCCUCAUUUGAAUGGCAUCCAUUUUCUAUAACAUCAGCACCAGGUGAUGACUACCUCAGUGUACACAUCCGCAUGGUAGGUGAUUGGACGAAUGAACUAAAGCGGGUUUUCACAGAGGAUGAUAGUUCAGCAUGUGAAAUUGGCCGGGCUAAGUUUAGAGAACGCGGGAAUGUUGAUCAACGAGGUUUACCUCGAUUGCUUGUUGAUGGACCAUAUGGUGCCGCAGCACAGGACUAUCAAAAUUAUGAUGUCUUGCUCCUCGUGGGACUAGGUAUUGGAGCUACACCUUUUAUAAGUAUCCUCAAGGAUCUAUUGAACAAUUCAAGAUCAGAAGAACUGGAUUCGAAUACUGAAACCAGUGCAUCGGAUGACAGCUGGACAAGUAUUGCCUCUAGCGCCACAUCAAAUGGAAAAAAGAAAUCACUAAGGACAAAAAGUGCACAUUUUUAUUGGGUUACCAGGGAAUCUGGAUCCUUUGAGUGGUUUAAAGGGGUGAUGAAUGAAGUGGCUGAGAUGGAUCACAAGGGUCUGAUAGAGAUGCACAAUUAUCUUACGAGUGUUUAUGAAGAGGGUGAUGCCAGGUCCACUCUCAUCACCAUGGUCCAGGCGCUCAACCAUGCAAAACAUGGUGUUGACAUCCUGUCUGGCACACGGGUAAGGACGCAUUUCGCAAGGCCCAAAUGGAAGGAAGUAUUCAACAAAAUAGCUUCGAAACAUCCAUAUUCCACAGUAGGAGUCUUCUACUGCGGGUUGCCUGCCUUGGCAAAGGAACUGAAGAAGCUAUCCCAAGAAUUGACUUACAAGACAUCCACACGAUUUGAGUUCCACAAGGAGUACUUUUGAAAUAGCAAAUUUAGCAAAUAAGGGAUACGUGUCAAAUAUAUACAAACAAUAUUGUCCCACUACUAUGCACCUAUGUGUAGGGUGUGAAGAAUGGUACAUGACAUCCUUAGUGCAUUUGUGAAUACCACUAAGCUGCAAGUGUAAGAAUGAAGAGGAGAAUUAAAGAAAAGGAGGCACAGAAGGACGUAAUAAGCAAAAGAAAAGGAAGAAGGUCUGAUGCUGCCUUAUAAGCGCUGAGUAAAUGACAAAUCAAGCUACUACAAGGCAGUUAUAUCCAUCAAGUUUCCUAAGCAGUGAUAGAAAGAUUCUUUUCUUACUCCAAGAUAAAUAAACUGUCUCAUGUAUUUGUUUC